GCUCAGGUCUGGGGGAGCGGAAGCUGGGCAGCAAUCGGGCUCGUGGGCCGGGUGCAUGCGGGUUGGGAGCCGUGAGCGGCGCCGUUGGUUCGCGGGCGGGGGCUGCCCGGGGCUGGGCGACGCUCACUGCCCAUGGAGCCCGAGGUGCUGCGCCGCCGGCUGGCCACGGCCGGGCAGGGCCACCUGCUGCGCUUCUGGGCCGAGCUGGGCGGCGCGGAGCGGCGGGCGCUGUGCGAGGAGCUGCAGAGCCUGGACUGCGAGGCGCUGGGCGCCUGCUUCCGCCGGGCCAUGGAGGGCGCGGACGCGGCCGACCGCGACAAGGUGGACGGGCGGAUGGAGGCGCUGCCGCGGGCCGUACUAGGCAGCGUCAUCCGAGACGCGGACCAGCUCCCCGAGUGGGAGCGCGAAGGUCUCCAUCAGAUUUCUCAGAGCAAAGUAGCUGUCCUCCUCCUAGCUGGUGGACAGGGGACAAGACUGGGUGUUUCUUAUCCCAAGGGAAUGUAUGAUGUGGGGUUGCCAUCCCACAAAACGCUCUUCCAGAUCCAAGCAGAGCGCAUCCUGAAACUACAGCAGCUGGCUGAAAAACAACAUGGUACCAAGUGUGUCAUUCCAUGGUACAUCAUGACAAGUGGCAGAACAAUGGAAUCUACAAAGGAGUUCUUCUUGAAGCACAAUUACUUUGGUUUAAAGCAGAAAAAUGUGAUCUUUUUCCAGCAAGGGAUGCUGCCUGCUAUGGGGUUUGAUGGCAAGAUUUUUCUGGAAGAGAAGGGCAAAGUUUCCAUGGCACCAGAUGGCAAUGGGGGGCUGUACCGAGCCCUUGGCGCCCAUGGCAUCGUGGAGGACAUGGAGCAGCGAGGCAUCUGGAGCAUCCAUAUGUACUGCGUUGACAACAUCUUAGUGAAGGUGGCUGACCCCAGGUUCAUUGGGUUCUGCAUACAGAAGGGAGCUGAGUGUGGUGCAAAGGUGGUGGAGAAGACAAACCCCAUGGAGCCAGUGGGUGUGGUGUGCAGAGUGGAUGGCAUGUACCAGGUGGUGGAGUACAGCGAGAUCUCCCUGGCCACAGCACAGAAACGUAGUUCCGAUGGCCGGCUACUGUUCAACGCAGGCAACAUUGCCAAUCACUACCUCUCAGUGCCCUUUCUGAGAGAUGUUAUCAACAUUUACGAACCUCAGCUGAAGCACCACGUGGCCCAGAAGAAGAUUCCGUACGUGGACAUCACCAGUGGGCAGUUGGUCAAGCCAGACAAACCGAAUGGCAUCAAGAUGGAGAAGUUUGUCUUUGACAUCUUCCAGUUUGCCAAACAGUUUGUGGUGUACGAAGUGCUGCGUGAAGAUGAGUUCUCUCCUCUGAAGAAUGCAGAUAGUCAGAAUGGGAAAGACAACCCCACCACUGCCCGACAUGCCCUCAUGUCACUGCACCAUUGCUGGGUCCUCAAUGCUGGGGGCCACUUUGUGGAUGAAAAUGGCACCCGCAUCCCUGCGAUUCCCCGCUUCACAAGUGGAAAGCCAGAUGCCAUCACAGCUGAUGUCAAUUGCAAUUUGAAGGAUGCUAACGACUUGCCCAUUCAGUGUGAAAUUUCUCCUCUCACCUCGUAUGGUGGAGAAGGUCUGGAAAAGUAUGUGGAAAACAAAGAAUUUCAUGCGCCGUUGAUCAUUGACGAGAAUGGGAUCUAUGAGAGGGUGAAGAACAGUGUAUAGACUCUUUUGCAGGAAGCCAGCAGACCCAGCAUAGCUUGUGACUUUAGCUGUCAGACUGUAAAUCCAAACAGAUGAAGAUUGUAGCUGUAAAUGGUAGGGGCUAGUCUUGCCCUCUGAAUUCACUGGCUCGUGGCACAUGACAGUCUCUAUAUUUUAAUUUAAAAAACAAACAUUUUAGUCAAUCCCCUGAAGCUAAGUACAGAUGUGGUGUUGCUCUCCACGCUUUGAGCAUAGGCAUUUAUUUUAAAUGUGUAUAAAAUAAUAAACAAUUGUACAUGCUGAAAGGUUUUUAUGGUACGAGGAGAGGUUCAUAUUAAAUUUUAUUUUUUCCUCAAAUAGAUAUGACUAUCUUUAAAAACAAAAAUAGGAUCGCUGUCACUGUCCACAUUCUGCCUUUUUAGAGUCUCAUUUUGUUAGCUAGUACAUCUGUUUUGGCUUCUUAUACACCACAUUACUAGGUAUUAUGUGCUUGGUAUUAAUAUAACAUACAUUAUGUAUAUGGGUGUUGGGAAAUUACGUUAACUGAUUGUAUUAUGCUCUUCCCACAGUUUUGUUCACCUAUGUCAAGUAUCCCACAACAUUGCAAAGCUGAAGUCAGCUUUGGCAUUAGAAAAUAGGAAACCUGUCAAAGCAAAGCUGCAUAAAUACCUUGUACCAAGUGCAGUUAGGGAGUACUUUCCUGGCUCAUCAACACUUGGAAUGUAAUAUUCAGAACAAGAUAUGGGAAAGUAUAGGGAGGUACCAAGGACAAAGCUGGCACAAACUAGUGGGUUACAUUUAAACUUUAACUGGACGUACAUGGGUCAUUUAGCUUGUAACAAUCACACUAUAAAUAGAAGUGGGUUUGAGGGCAUAUCUUUGAAGCACACCUCCUGUGAAAGGUGAACAUGCUGCGAGAUAAGAAUUGCGUCCCAGAAGGAGGGUAUGUAUGUUUCAUCUUCGUAUUAUGGUGUUUUGUCUUUAGGCAAUAAAUUUGGCUAGGCUUGUUUAGUUGGUCCCUUGAACAUUCUUAGGCCUGGUUUACUCAGGAGGAUUAGGUUGGUUUAAUUGUGUCAGUCGGGCGGGGGUGGUGGUGGAAAAUCCACUCCCUUGUAUGGCGUUGUUAAGUUGAUCUAAGUUGAUCCAUCGCCUUAGCUACUGGCUCUCUGGGAGGUGGAUUACCUAUGCUGAUGGGUGAAUCCCGCCCAUUGAGAUAGUGUCUGGACUGAAGCAUUACAGUGAUGCAGCUGUAGCAUUUUAAGUGCAGACAAGCCCUUAAUAAUGAACCAUAAGUGUAGUCAAAUCAAUUGGUUAGACCAUUAAUCAAUAAUUUGGCAAACCAGGCCAGGGGACAUUAGCCAAGCAUUAGUCAAACCCGUUUGUCCUGAGGUCAUGAGCUAGCCAGUUGGAUUUGGAGUAUCAGUUUCCUAGAGGUUGGACUUUGGGAGUCCUUGCUCUCGGGGGGAAAUUAUAUUAAGUGUUACUUUGGCAAAUAACUGGUUAACAAAGAUUAUGGAAAGCAAAAACUGCUUUCUGUGCCAUAAUAAAGCCAUAUUUUAAGAAUAUUUAAAGAUUAAUUAUAAGUAAAAUGUUUUCUGCACAAAAUACCCAGAUAAAGCAAAGGCUAAAGUGGCCACUAUUUGCAACAGAAUACUAUGUUGUGCUAAAACACCGAGUAGAAAUAUAAAAAUAUAAGCCAUAGCAAAUGAAAGGGAGAAACAGGACGUUUUAAAGCAUGUUAUCAUACAGUACAUAACAGACCAUGGCAGUGAUUUGGUCACAUUAAAGGCAAUCCAAAAAGUGAUCCAUGGAGUCAUGUAUGUAAUUUGUUUAAAUUGUAGAUGGAGGGAAAAAGCAAAAAGGGAGAAGACAAAGAAAUGGGUGUUUAUACAGUGACACACAGUCUAUUAACCAAAGCAAGAAAGGGCACUACUGUAAACAAUUUGGAGUGCAGACAAAAGCAGCAGGUACUUGGGGAACAAAUACAGGUUUUGCAGGGACAGGUAGCAAUCCCCACACUCCUCCCGGAGCCAGGAUAAAAACCAGAGGUCCUGGCUCCCAGCCCUCCUUCCCCCCUCCCCUCUCAAAUGCACAGAACCACUCCUCUCCCAGCCAAUGACAUAACCUUCUCUCUCUAAUAUUUUUACUUUUAGUUCUAGUUUUUUCUUUAUGUCCUUUCUCUGUCAAAUCCUCCCCUUUCCUUUUAUAUUCUUCACAUGGCUCAGUUUGCUGAACUCGCUGCUGCUGUCUGUGCUUUGGAAUGCCCUCACAGAAUUAAGUAUCAGAGGGGUAGCCAUGUUAGUCUGGAUCUGUAAAAAGCGACAGAGUCCUGUGGCACCUUAUAGACUAACAGACGUAUUGGAGCAUAAGCUUUCAUGGGUGAAUACCCACUUCAUCAGACACAUGUGACAUGCUUCUCACAGAAUUAAUUAAUUUCCCUUGGCUUGUGCCUACUUCCUUUCCUAUAACGAUUCUGUGACUUCUUCCCUUCCUGCAAUUUAAAAAGUGAUAGUUAUUACAGAAACCCCUAUUGCAGAAAGAGACUGAGAAACUAAAAUAAACAGAUUACCAAAAUGCCAAAGGUAAAAGCUUUACUUUAAAUAAAUUCAGUAAAAUUAAUAAUUUUAACCCUUCUGGAAAUCAAUAGCUAAAGAAGAUAUGGUUGCCAAGCAACAGAAUGCUAACUUGCUUUUGAUCCUAAAACUGCUCUUUUUUUCUUUUAACUAGACACUAACUAAUGAAUAUAUACAUGGAUUUUUCUUAUUUCUAUAUAGUAGUAUUCUUAAGGUAAGAGUAUUGUAAAGUAAUGUAAGUUGCCUUAAGUUAACUAAAUUAAUACAACUGAGUGGGCAAAUAAAAUAGGGAUUUUAAUCAAUUCUUAUUAAAAGUUUUUUAAUAAAAAAAACCCAACCUGCCUAAUUGUUUAAUUCUUUUAACUUUUUGUUUUGUAGUAUACCUUGCAUAGUAACUUUUUUAACUCUUAAUGCUUCAUCAUGUAUAUUUAAAAAUAACAAUUUUGGCACCAUUUGUCUUUAAUUGUAAGUAAUCCUAUGUGUCAUAUGUUGUCCUGUGUGUUAUGUUUUGUGGAUCAUGUGACUUCUUGCUUUUAUUUUACUAUAUUUUUCAGUUUUGUUGCAACAAAAUCAGUUUUGCACGCAUAAUUAUAAAAAUAUAUGUUUUUAACAUUAGUGGUACCACACUAUUUUGAUAUUAUGGUUGCACUUCAUAAUACCACUUCAUUUUUUCUGCAAAGUUCAAAAUGGGGUCAGUUUAUAAGUAUAUGUACAUAUAUUUCUGUCUCAAAGAAUAAUUCAACGGCAAACAAAUAAAAUGUUUUAAAACGGGGGAAAAGGCCUCAAUGCAAAAACAACAUUUAAUAAGAUCAUAACUUUUUUGUUAUAAAUUUGGUUGCACCUUUAUUAAAUAUUAAAAUAUACUUACAUUAUUUUAUAACCAGUGUUUAAGCUAUAACAAUAUAUAUUACGUCUCAUUAUGUUGCACAAUGUUAAAGUUAACCAAAUAAAUUUCAGCAGAUUUCUGUCUUUGUCUCCCAAGCAUAAGCAAAUGUCAUAAAAAUUUAUUAACCUCAAGGGUUAUAUAAACCUUCAUUUAAACUUCAUUUUGCUUUAAUUUUUAUACUAUUUUUUGUUUUGUGCUGUGUUUAACAAUGUAUUGUUAUAAAAGUUUGUGCUUUAAAAUAAUUAACAAAGUUUAAUUGCUAUAACAUACAAAUUAACUCUAAGAACCUUGGGUAAAAAUUCUGUUGCUAACUUAUUAAGAGUGUCCUGGUGGUAGGUGGGGAGAAGUGCAAUUCAUCUCACAGAACAUUGUGAUCACUGUCUUGGCAUCAAGCACUAUAUUUAUUAUGGAAAACCAGUAAUGCACAUGUUAAGGAAGUAAGAAAUAAUGUCUUUGUGCAAAAACUGCAAAAGCAUCUAAAACAGGUAUAUUUGUGCUAAAGAAUUGGGAAACUCAAAACAAACAGCAAAAAUUAUUUUAACAAAUGAGUAAAAGAAAAAUAAUAAAAGAAUAGAAAACUA